CCGUGCCAUCCCAGGACGCGUUAAUUGAAUUGAUUGUUUGGGUGCACCGCCACAGUACUAGCCACAGCUACCAACGUUCUCAGUCUUUUUUCCCCACCUCCCACUUUACCACUCAGUACACGUAACAUCAGCACGGUAGGCUCGGUCUUCGCGGUUAGCCAAGAAGCGAUAAUUCCUCUUUCUUCUUAUAAGCAAGACUAAACGUUGGCCAAGCCUAUGUCAUUGGCAGUGAUGCAUCACAAAUCCUGAAAGACCAUAAGCUUAUGUAAAAUCAACCAUCUAGAAGCAUAUUCAAUGACACCACGCUCCACUCCUACUCCAUACGACUAAAUAUAAGUAGUCUCUCCAAUCUCACCCCACAUUCUCUAAUACCCCACGCUCCCCUCGCCCUCGUUCCUUCUCCUCCAUCUUCUUCCAUCAUCAUCACUUGACUCAAACCUCAAUCCAAAACCAUGGCCGAACCCCAGAUCUCAGUCGUAACGUCUCCCUCAGACUUCCCAGCAAUCUUCAACUGCAUCGGCGAAUCCUUCGGACGACAAGCCCAAGAUGGCGUCUGGCUCUCCCUCAAUCCCAAAUUCGACACCCCAGAAGGACAAGCCACGGGAGCCGCCGAACUAACAGGCCGCUUCAAUGCCAUCAAACAGAACAAGGACGGGAAGCCCAACACCGUAUUUCUCAAAGCCACUGUUCCAGAUCCAUCUGAUCCCACGAAAUCGCGUAUAGCCGGAAUGGCUAUCUGGCAGCAAUGCUCGUUUGUCGACGGCUAUGGAGACCCGCCUAGUGAUACGCUCCCGCCGAGCGCGAAGGACCUUCCGGAGCAGCAGCAGCGUUAUGCAAAACAGAUGUUUGCGUCGCUUUGGAAGAGGCGGAUUGCGUAUGUGAAGGAGAAAGCUGAGUUCAAGGCGGACCCGCCGGCGAUUUUCGUGCUCGAUAUGUGCUGUGUGGAUCCGGAGUUUCAGCGGAGGGGGAUUGCGCAGAAGCUUGUUAGGUGGGGGCUUGAGGAGGCGGAGAAGAGGGGCGGGUUGGAGUGCACGACGGAGGGGUCGAGUAUGGGGAGGGGAGCGUAUAAGAAAUUGGGGUUUUCGGAUGAGGGGAAUGGGGAUAUUUUUUAUGAGGUUGAUGACGAGUUCAAAGAUUGGAGUAAGCCGCCGAAUGUAUUUCUACGGACGUGGGCGGGGAAGAACAAAGAUUCAUAG